AUGUCUGCUGCCGUGGAGAAAGUUUCUGAUGCCGUCAACGACGUUACUGCCGCUCUUGGCAACGCAACCCUCUCUGAGAAGCCCGCCGACACCAAUACCAAUGGUGACAAGGCUGCCAGCGCCGCCCAUAACGAUGCUGUGUUAGCCAGCGCCGCAGAGGGUCGUAGACUCUAUAUCGGGAACCUCGCCUACGCGACCACCGAGGGGGAGUUGACAAGUUUCUUCAAGGGAUACCUCAUCGAGUCUACCUCCAUCCCCAAGAACCCACGCACAGACCGUCCCGUCGGGUACGCUUUCGUCGACCUCUCGACCCCAAGCGAAGCCGAGCGUGCCAUCGCUGAGCUUUCUGGCAAGGAGAUCCUCGACCGCAAGGUCUCGGUCCAACUUGCUCGCAAGCCGGAGCCAGCUGGUGAGAAGGGUGAGGGUGCUGCGAGCGGAGGAGAGGGUGUCUCUGGAGGUGAAGGUGGCCGUCGCAGACAAUCCGGCCGAGGCCGUGGACGUGGCCGCGGCCGUGGUGGCAGAGGCGGACGUGCUGCCCGUGGUUCCAAGGGCGAAGAGGGCGCUGAAGUUCCGGCCGCCGACGUUCUUCCCUUGACCGAGGGUGAGAACAAGGAGGCCGGCGAAGGUGCCGAGCAAGCAGACAAGAAUGACAAGGACAACAAAUCUCAGGCAAACCGCCAGCCACGCGAGCGUCGUGAGCGCGGCCCACCUGCCGAUGGCAUUCCAUCCAAGACCAAGGUCAUGGUCGCAAACCUUCCUUAUGAUCUCUCUGAGGAGAAGCUCAAGGAACUCUUCACCGCUUAUGAGCCAUCCUCCGCCAAAAUCGCUCUCCGCCCCAUCCCUCGCUUCAUGGUCAAGAAGCUCCAAGCCCGAAAUGAGCCCCGCAAGGGCCGUGGUUUCGGCUUCGUCACACUUGUAUCUGAGGAAAUGCAGCAGAAGGCUGUUAACGAGAUGAACGGAAAGGAGAUUGAGGGCCGCGAGAUUGCGGUCAAGGUCGCCAUCGACAGCCCAGACAAGACCGACGAGGAUGCUAAUGCUCCCGCUGCCGAGGCUGCCGUUGAGGACGCCAAUGGCACUGCUGAGGCCACUCCUACUGCUGCUGCAUAA